ACGUAAACAUGAUAAGGAAUAUAUUUUUAUUAAGACGCAAAAUUCAUCGACGAUGAAUAAUAAUUUAAGUGAACAAGUGCAUGAGCAUUUAUUGAGUUUUGAGCUCAGUAUGAGCUUUAUGAUAACUCUUAUUGUGUCUGCUGUUACAGUUAUUUUGUUUGUCUAUUUUGGAAUAAGGCGAUACAGACCAAGAGCACCACCAUGUCAGACAGAAGCACAAAGAAAAUACAGAUUCAGAAAAAGAGACAAAGUUUUAUUUUAUGGCAGAAAAAUUAUGAGAAAGAUGAAGAAUACGAUAGAUGGAAAUGGUCUUGGUAGAAAGAAGUCAAGUCACAGGCAGUUAGCUUUAAAAUUAAGAAAAUUUUUACAAAGGAAAAAAGAUCCUAGCCUCUCCUCUUUAAAAGUUAAAGAGCCACCUCAAUCUUUAUUAGAAGCUGAAAAUGAUGAAGAGGAAUUAGACCAAAGAUUACCCCCAGAAGUUCUUUACAUGUUAAGAAGUGUUAGAGUGUUUGGACAUUUGGAGAAGCCAUUUUUCUUGGAAUUAUGUAAAUAUAUGGAAAGUAUCAGUCUAAAAGCUGGUGGCCAUUUAUUUAAAGUUGGAAAUAAUGAUGACAGUAUUUAUGUGGUACAGAGUGGUAAAGUUAAUGUCUAUGUUACUGAAAAGCCUGGUACAGAAUAUUUAGUAAAAGAAGUCUUAAUAGGUGACAGUAUUCACAGUUUAUUGAGUAUUCUAGAUGUUCUCACGGGUCAUUCAGCACCUUAUAAAACAGUUUCAGCAAGAGCAGAAGUGGAUUCCAUUAUUCUCAGGUUACCAGCAGAAGCAUUUAGAUCAAUGUUUGAUACAUUUCCUGAAUCAUCUGUUAGAGUUGUACAGAUAAUUAUGAUUCGUCUACAAAGAGUUACAUUCUUGGCUCUACAUACCUACCUUGGACUCAGUAAUGAACUCAUCAGUUCUUCAAGUAAUACAGACCCUCGUAAAUCCAUUCGACAGUUAUCAACGCCCCAGAGUAGCCCUUUAAAAUCUCGGAGAUCUUCAACUUCUGCUGUGAGUAGUGCUGUAGAUGUCGAUCCUGCAGUGUUAGAUGAAUCAAAUAGAAAUAAAGUACCAUUAAAAGUGCCAGACUUUAAAUUAAAGAUGGCCGACGAUCAAGUUGACAGACAACCAUCUGAUUUUGAUACAGCGUGUAUGAGAGCUAGAGUUCAACAAGGAGAGAAUAAAAGUGUUAUUUUAACAGGCAGUCCAACAUCAAUUCAUAGACAAAUUUCUGAGGAUUCUUCAGUAUUUAUAAGACAGAAAAGUAAAAAAGAUUCCACAUCAGGUGGGGAAAACCAGUCGCCUGUCAGUGAACAUAUUAUCCUGGAAAAGGCACAAAAAGAUUUGACUGAACUGCUUGGUUUAAAGAAUAAAUCUUUAAUGGAUGGAAGAAUUCAUCUUGAACGUAUACGUGCUGGUCAAAAUCUAGAAACACAAGGCUCACAGGAUUCAAAUGUGGUAUUUGUUGUGAAUGGGAGAUUAAUAAUGUUACAAGCUAUAGUUGGAGAAGAUAAGAAAGAGGCAUCGCUAUUUACUGCUGGGAAGGGUGAACUAGUAGGAACGUUAGCUGUCUUGACAGGAGAACCAUCAUUCUUUACUAUACGAGCUGAUACAGACGUACUUGUUGCCAUCAUCACAAAGGCAGAUUUCUAUUUGAUUAUGAAAGAAGAACCAUUUAUAGUAUUAAAUGCAGCUCACACAACAGUUAAAAGAAUGACACCAUUUGUCAGACAGAUUGAUUUUGCUCUAGAUUGGCAGAGAAUAGAGGCUGGGAAGGCCUUAUUUAGACAAGGAGAUACUGCUGAUUGUGUAUAUAUUAUAUUAACUGGUAGAUUACGAACUGUUAUUACACUAGUUGGAGGUAAAAAAGAACUAGUUGGAGAAUAUGGUAGAGGUGAACUAGUUGGUAUUGUAGAAGUUUUAACACAAACAGAAAGAGCUACUACAGCAUUUGCUGUCAGAGAUACAGAAAUUGCCAAACUACCAUCUGAGUUAUUAAAUGUUAUCAAACGUAAAUAUCCACAGAUUGUUACACGCCUUAUUCAUUUACUAGGGGAGAGAAUUCUAGGAAAUUUACAAAGUCGGAAUACAGUUACUCUCGGUGAUUCCAUGCCUUUUACCCCAAAUCCUGCCACUCGUCCAACAGUAACUAAUUUAGCUACAGUUGCUGUACUACCUGUCUCAGAUGAUGUCCCAUUAACUAAUUUUACUCUAGAAUUACAACAUGCACUUAAUGGCAUAGGUUUAACAACAAGGUUAUCAAGUGACAUAGUUAAAACUAGGCUAGGUAGUCAAGCUUUAGACAGUGUAAAUGAGUUUCGAUUGUUUAGUUGGUUAAGUCAGCAAGAAGAUUUACAUCGUAUGGUAUUAUAUCAGUGUGAUGUAGGACAUAGUAAAUGGAAUAAAUAUUGUAUGAGACAAGCUGAUUGUAUCGUUAUUGUUGGUCUCGGUCAUAAGGAACCAACUGUUGGCAUUGUUGAAAAACAGUUAGAAAAUGUUGCUGUACGAGCACAGAAGGAGUUGGUGUUAUUACAUAAAGAAGAUGCCGAGACACCUAGACGUACUGUAGAAUGGCUUAAUUCACGUGGGUGGUGUUCAUCACAUCAUCACAUUCGAUGUCCUAAUCGUGUCUUUAGUAGAAAAUCUCCAGAAAAAACUAUUCAGAUGUAUGAGAAGUUAUUUGAGAAAGAACCUGACCGAUUAUCUGAUUUCUCCAGAUUGGCCAGAUUUCUAACAGGAACAUCUAUUGGUCUGGUUUUAGGAGGGGGAGGGGCCAGAGGGUUAGCACAUGUAGGUAUGAUUAAAGCUAUGAAUGAAGCAGGAAUACCGAUUGAUAUGGUUGGAGGGACUAGUAUGGGAUCUUUUAUAGGGGCUCUUUGGUGUGAGGAGAGGAAUUUAACCAGAUUCUUUCAAAGAGCACGAGAAUGGUCAUUUGAUAUGACAUCACUAUGGAAGAAAGUGUUUGAUCUGACCUACCCAGUUACUUCCAUGUUCACAGGUGGAGCAUUUAAUCGUAGUAUAGAAUCAGUAUUUAAAGAUAGACAAGUAGAAGAUUUAUGGAUACCAUAUUUUUGUGUGACAACAGAUAUAUCUAAUUCUACCAUGAGAAUUCACACUAGUGGUAGUUUAUGGAGAUAUGUAAGAUCAAGUAUGUCAUUAUCUGGAUAUUUUCCACCACUCUGUGAUCCUAUGGAUGGACAUCUAUUGUUAGAUGGUGGCUAUGUUAAUAAUUUACCAGCUGAUGUAAUGAGAACCAUGGGAGCUCAGACUAUAUUUGCUGUAGAUGUUGGUAGCCAUGAUGAAGCACCGUUAACUAAUUAUGGAGAUGAGUUAUCAGGGUGGUGGUUGUUGUGGAAAAGAUGGAAUCCUUGGUCUCAACCUGUUAAGGUACCAGAUAUGACAGAGAUACAAUCUAGAUUAGCUUAUGUAUCAUGUGUUAGACAGUUAGAAGUGGUUAAAAACAGUGAUUAUUGUGAAUAUAUUCGACCACCUAUAGAUAAAUAUGGAACACUACAAUUUGGUAGUUUUGAUGAUAUAGCGGAAGUAGGAUAUAACCAUGGUAGAACACUGUUUUCUGGCUGGAUUAAAGGUGGUAUUUUAGAAAAAUUAUUUCAGGAAAAAGAAAAAUCAAAAGAAAAACAAACUCGUCAUAAACCUAAAACAAAACAUGCUACUCAUGUACCAGUGAUGGCAUAUUUUACUGAUUUAGCAGAACUUGUAUCUAAAAUAGAUAAACCUAAAUCACCUAGUCCUAAAUUUGGUCUUGAUUAUAGUGAUAGUGAUGAAGAUGAAGAGAUUAUUGGAGGUGAUGAAAAUUAUCUAGGAUUAGAUGAAUAUGAGGAUGUGUUAGAAGAAGAUGAUGAUGAAUAUGAAGAUGAAGAUGAAUAUGAGGAUGAGGAGGAGUUAGAAGAGAAUACAGCUAUUGAGUCAAAUCCAAUAUAUUCUCAAGGUUCAAGCUCAAAUUCAGAACAUUCUGAAUCUAACCAUAAAAAGGACAGUAUGAAUAAGGAUAAAACAGAUGCUAGACAAAGAAAUAAUAUUAAGGACAGAACCGAUUAAGAGUACAUGUUUAUGAAUUGUAGCCUAUACACAAUACUUAUAUAAUUUUUGGAUCACCAUUAAAAAGAACUUACUUAGAGCUUGAAGUCUAUUAAACAUAACAAAAAUAAACAGGGCACAAAUUCUCCAUUCCAAAGUAGUAAUUGUGAGGAGUUGUGAUAACUUUUAAUCAAUUUUAGUCAUUUUGACCUACAUCAUUUUAAAUAUUUAAAAAAAUGAAAAACAUAUAGGAAUCAAAUCAUAUCCUUGACCCUACACUUAUUAUACUUACUGUUUAUUAAGAUUCUCUCAAGCGUUAGUCAAAAUAUUGCUGAGUAUCAUUGAAAUCUAAAUAUAAUGUAUACUGUGUUCCAUAGAAUUGUGUCCUGUGUAUUUACAGUUCAUUUACUCAAUGCAAUGCCAAUGAAACAAUGUACCAUGUAGCACAAUUUUUGAUAGCAAAAACAUCAAAUUUUACUUCUGAUAACAUUUAUUUGAAUGAUUUAAAGGGGAUGAGCAUUUUUGUGGGUUUUUAGCUAGUCUGUAUUUAUUUUAUUUAUUUUUUCAGCCUGACAUGGAUUGACUAUAAAGUUACAUUAAGGAUGUAUAAAUCACAUUGCAUGCAAAAAAAGUAGGGGAUAUUGAAAUGCAAAUACCUAUGCAGGUUGCGAUAUGAUAAAUAGCCAUGGACAUUUGACAUGCUUUGAGAGUCUGUUCACAAAUGAAGAACUUAUCGCCCCAACAGAACCACUGAGCUGCACAUGUGACACGCAAUAGCACCAUACACGUGGGAGGGGUUCAUUGUCAAAUUUGACACUUCAAGGAAGGGUUGAUGAAAACUGCUGCAUGCUGGUUUAUUUAUCCAUGUUUGCUUUCCUAUCAGUUCUUGCAUAAGAUUUACUGUUUAGUGUAUCUUUGCUUUAGUGUGUUACGUUUAAUUUGAUCGGGAGACGUGUUCGGCGACGUCAACGUCAACCGACAACACUGCAAGAGGAGUGGGUCAGAUUGCCCCAAAUCGUGAUUGGGCGGUUGAUUAGGAGCAUGCCACAACGAAUUGCUGAAUGUCUGAGGAUUGGUGGAGCAAUUACUCAUUAUUAAGACAAAAAUCAAAAACGUUCAUUUUCCCUUUUGACAGUGUAUAUCUUUGCAAGUGAAAUGUGGCCGUCAGAUAAGCCGCCCAUAUGAACUGUUUAUGUUCAUGUGUAGGCAAUUGGCCUGUUAUUAACAUACACUGGUUACCUCUAAUAAAAACAGCAGUGCAUUUCCACAGUUUUGUAUUGUUUCUGAAUAUCCCCUACUUUUUUUGAAGAGUAUAUAUGUUUAUUAAAAAUUUGUGAGGAGUCAUACAUGUUACAUUGGGCUCAAAUGCAAUUCAUGUGAAUAGAUUGUCCUAUAGAUAUAAAACCUCAAGAUCAACCCACUAGUGUGAGUUAGCCUUUACUUUAAAAAAGGUCAUUGGUUGGAUUUUCAAUGAGUCUUAAGUUAUUUUGAAAAGGCUAUAUACAUUGAAUUAAUUAAAUUUCCUUUCCUACUCUGGAGUGAGAAUCCACUGUCAGAAAAUGAUGAGUUACUGUAAGAUUAAAAUGAAGAAUACAAACCUGAUAUAAAUGUGGAUAAAUUGUACAUGUAUUCGGAGUACAUGUGUAUUGCUUUUUAUGAUGUAAACUUUGAUACUUCUCCAUAUAAAUCAGACCAAAAAGAUGUAAAUACCCCAGUUUUGACAUUCGGUCAGAUAUUCAUUUUUUAAUGCUAUAGCAUAUAAGGUUUUUUUGUUGUUGGUCUUUGUUUUCUUUAGAAUUAUUGAAUUACCCAAUCAUCUUCAAAACAGUAAAGUAUUUGAAAUUUUAAUGUGCUUGGACCUUAUUAAAUUAAUUUUUGUGAAUUAUUGUUAUUUAAGACAUCACCUCUUUGAUUUGAGUGAAUUGUUAUUAUUUAAGACAUCACCUCUUUGAUUUAAGUGAAUUGUUAUUACUUAAGACGUCACCUCUUUGAUUUGAGUGAAUUAUUAUUUAAGACAUCACCUCUUUGAUUUGAGUGAAUUGUUAUUAUUUUUUUAAAAAGAUAUCACUUUUGAUAAACCUACAUUGAAAUGUGGUCUAUAUUGUUGUCACCCUCAUCUGUCCGGAGUCCAAAAUUGCUUUUCAAUGCUCUAGAGGUUAAAAUUAUCAUCCAAUCGUCUUGUCUUUAAAUUUAUACACAGUGUUCAAGGUCUUGAGACGAAAAAUCCUAUUGAUUUGCGAUAAUUAUUGCCAGAAUCUUGGCCCAUGAUCAUUUGUUGACCCUCUAAGAGACCAAAAUUGAAAGCAAAAAAAUCUUAAUGAUAAUUACAUAAUGGGUUGUUACUCUUAAUUAGUUUUAGUGCCUUGUAAAUGCUUUCAUUACCAUCAAAAUAAAUAAUAUGCGACAACUCUUGUGGAUUGCUCAGAUGACUUACCUGUUGUAGGCAUAUGUUUCAUUGCCUAGCCACCUAUUUUUUGAUUUGGACCGAAUUCAUGUUUUUUCUUUUCUUUUUUUUUUUAUGUAUUGUACAUAUUUUGUUAAUGAGAGCCAGUGUAAGUCAGCUGCAUAUUUGCCAAUUAUCUACUAUCCUCUUAUCAUAAGUAAAAUAGGCUCUAGGACAAUUCGUCCCCGGACAAUUCACAUCAGGACUAUUAGUCCCAUAGGAAUAUUCGUCCCCAUGGACAAUCUGUCCCCGGACUAUUCGUCCCCUACGAUAAAUCGUCCCCUAGGAUAAUUCCCACCUAGGACAGUUUGUCCCUGAACAACAAUCGGUAGUUCCAUUAUCAAAAACUGAAUUAAUCUUUACUUUUUAUCCUAAAUCCCAGUUUUGAUGCUAGUUUUACAUUGUUUUACAUUUAGUAUUAAAUCUAGGCCAACUUUAUGGUUCAUGAAGUUUUUUUGGGCUAAUUGAUAUGCAUGUAGUAAUCAGCUAUGAUCAGUGACACAUUUUUAUGAGUUAGAGAAUCUAUUUAUCCCUUUACUAUGGGUAUUGUCCAUUGUCAAUACUGCACUUGACUUAUAAUCAAUAUGCAUUAUUAUGUAUGAUAAAUCGAUGUAGACCAGACAUCAGUUAGUUUCAAUUUCUUUAGAAUUCGCUGUUGAUCAUAAUUAGGGGACGAAUAGACCUAGGGGACGAAUUGUCUUUGGGGACAAAUUACCCAGGGACGAAUAGUCCUAGGGGACUAAUUAUCCAGGGACAAAUUGUCUGGGGAUGAAUAGUCCUAGGGGAUGAAUAGUCCUAGGGAACGAGUUGUCAGGGGACAAAUUGUCCCGUACCUGUAAAAUAUAGCUUAAAUGUUUACAAUUUGAGGAUAGAUGUAAAUAUGAUAAUAAUGGGAGCUCUUGUUUACAUGCAUGUAUGAUAUUUUUUAUUAUUUUGUAUUUUAUAUAUAUAUCUGUGAUGUUAUUAAACAAUGCAAUUAUUGUUGUCAGGGUUUUAAACCAUUUCUUGGUUUAUAAAGAUGGGCAUGUUAUGUUUAUGAUUUAACCAAAGUGCUUGAAUUUAUAACUACUAAUAUAGUACAUGUAUAUAGAUCUGAAAUACAUUUAAUGUUUCAAACUUCUUUAUUUAGUACAUUUCAAAUUUUAACUUUGAACUGUGAAAUGUAUUUUAGUCAAUUUUCUAGUGCUAAAUGUCAUUCAAAACAAAUGCUAUUUAUGUAUAUAAAUAAGAGUACACUUAUGUAGUGUCUUCAAGUAUAUAAUCUUCCCACAGCCAAACCAUUCUCUCCUACCAUGGCCCGUUUGAAUACCAUGACAUACAGGGUUCUGCAUUAAAGGGACAUGAAACUCUAUUGGUUCAGUUCCAACAAGUCUAUAAUUUUAAUUGAUUGAGAAUUAUCUGAGCCGAAAACAUUUUUAGAAAAUAGCUUUUUUAGCUGCACUCAGCGUACAGCUAGGCUAUAUGCAGGCAGUUAACACUGUGAAAAACCACAUAACUGAUAGCAGUAUAAGUUCUGUGCAUGAAAACAUUCACCUCUACUAAGGUAUAAUUCUGAUCAAUUUGAAAAGUACAUGCAUGGGUACAUUACUCAAGCAUCUUCAAGGUACUACUAAUUAGAAUUCCCAACACUGGUUUUUUUUACUGUUGUUAUUUAUUAAUGGGAAAACUCCCCAAAUAAUUACUUUACAAAUAUGCUCCAUUAUAGGCCUAUGAGCAGUAUUACAUAAUACAGCUUAGAAAAAGUUGAAAAUGAAUAGAUAAUUGUUACAUGUUAAAUAUUUCAUUCUAUAACAAACAAUCAUGAAGAGUUAAAAUAAAAAAAUUAUUGAAUUCCUGAAGUAAGACCCCACCCAUUUGGUAGACUUAGUAAUGUAUAAUGCAUGUACUAUACUUUUUAUAAUGAUAUGAAACAGAGGCAAUAAGAAAGUAGAUAAUUUAUUGCAUAGGAAUUGUUUUUGUUGCCAAUUUUCUUCCUUUUUUAAAAUAUUGUAUAUUAUCAGUAUUGAAUUUGUUUGUAAUCAUUUUAUCAGAUAAAAUAUGCAAAUUUUACAAUGGAAAUUUUAUUGUGUGUAGAAUGGGAGAGUCUCCUUGUGGGAACUGGCAGCUUCUCAACUUAAUGUACAAAAAUUAAAAUGUCAGUGGCUCUAAUGAAAAAUGACCACUUAGAAAUCUUAGAAAUUUGCAUCUACCAAGACCACAAAUCAAUAAAUGUUAACACAAAGAUCCAAAGUCUGUUGAUCCACAGAAAUGCUUACAAUGAAAAUAGGUCUAGAUAUUUGAUCAGUGGCAUGUCAUCGAAAUAACGUUGAACAAACAUAUGAAACAUUGCUGCCAUUUCAGACUCACUCUUUGGACUUCUAAAGAUAGGGACACACAGUUAUAAAUAUAAAUCUGUCAAUUAUGUGGUUAUAAAAGUGUAAAUGUGAUGAUAAUCCCGGAAUUUUUUACUGGACUAUCUGUCCAUUUGUUUUGGUCACUACUUCAAAAGGUUCCUUCACACAUAAUAGAGAGAGAGAGAAAUGGGGUUUAAUGUCCACUCGAUACAAACUAGGUCAUUUCGGGACUAACAUGGUU